AUGGCUUCUAUUGAAUAUGAUUACAAUGAAUUCUAUGCUCUAUCUCCCGAUGAAACUGCUACUUUGUUGAAAACUGAUACAUUAGUAGGUUUAUCUCAAAAUGAUGUCCCAAAAAGACUAUCAGAAAAUGGUGACAACUCGUUAGGUGAUGAUUCUAAAAUCGAUUACAAAGCGAUGGUUAUCCAUCAAAUAUGUAAUGCUAUGAUUUUAGUCCUUUUCAUUUCGAUGAUUAUUUCAUUCGCAAUCCGUGACUGGAUUACAGGUGGUGUCAUCUCUUUUGUCGUAGGUGUCAAUGUCGUUAUCGGUUUAUUACAAGAAUAUAAAGCUACUAAAACAAUGAAUUCUCUAAAGGCUUUAUCUUCACCAAAUGCUCACGUGAUCAGAGAUGGUAAAAGUGAAACCAUACCAUCUAAGGAAGUAGUUGUUGGUGAUAUCUGUCUUGUUAAGGUUGGUGAUACCAUUCCGGCCGAUUUGCGUUUGUUCCAAAGUAAUAAUUUCGAAACUGAUGAGGCUUUGUUAACUGGUGAAUCUUUACCUGUUAAUAAAGAUCCUGAAGCUAUAUAUGAGAAAAAUAUCGAUAUCCCAGUUGGUGAUAGAUUGAAUAUUGCUUAUUCUUCUUCUACCGUAGUUAAAGGUAGAGCUUCUGGUAUUGUAGUUAAAACUGGUUUAAACACUGAAAUUGGUAAAAUUGCUAAAUCAUUACAAAAUACCGAGAACUUAAUUUCAAGGGAUCCUACUAAAACUUUCUGGCAAAAUUCAUGGAUAACCAUAAAACAAUCUCUAGGUGCUUUCUUGGGUACAACUAUUGGUACCCCAUUACACCGUAAAUUAUCUAAAUUAGCUAUCUUAUUAUUCUGGGUCGCUGUUGUUUUUGCAAUUGUUGUUAUGGCUUCUCAAAAAUUUGAUGUCGACAGAGGUGUGGCUAUUUAUGCUAUUUGUGUUGCCUUAUCCAUGAUCCCUUCAUCAUUGGUUGUCGUGUUGACUAUUACAAUGUCGGUUGGUGCGGCUGUUAUGGCAUCAAGAAAUGUUAUUAUUAGAAAAUUAGACUCUUUGGAAGCCUUAGGGGCUGUCAAUGAUAUUUGCUCGGAUAAAACUGGUACUCUAACUCAAGGUAAGAUGAUUGCAAGACAAGUAUGGAUUCCAAAGUUUGGUACCGUCUCAAUCACCUCCUCAAAUGAACCAUUCAAUCCUACUAUUGGUGAAACUAGUUUGAUCCCUUCCUUAUCUCCAUAUGAGUACUCUCAUAAUGAAACUGAAGAUGUGGGUAUUAUACAAUCAUUCAAAGAGAAAUAUUAUUCAGAUGAAUUACCUAAGAGCUUAAACAAGAAUUUAUUCCAUAAAUGGUUAGAAACUUCUACUUUGGCAACAAUCUCCACUGUUUUUCAAGACAAAGAAACUCAAGAAUGGAAGGCUCAUGGUGACCCAACAGAAAUUGCAAUUCAGGUUUUUGCAGCUAAGAUGGAUUUGCCACGUUCUAAAUUAACAGGAGAAGUAUUUGGUGCUCAAGAUAAAGAUGAUAAUAGUGUUUCAAGCAUGGAUGAAGAACAGGAAAAAAAGACUGGUUCAGACUCUGCUCAAUUUGUUCAUGUCGCCGAAUACCCAUUUGAUUCAACUAUCAAGAGAAUGUCUGCUAUCUACCAAAACAGAGAUGAGAACACACAUGAAGUGUACACUAAGGGUGCAUUCGAAGGUGUUUUGAACUGUUGUUCUUACUGGUACGGCGCUGACGGAACUUUACAACCUAUGACUGAUGAUGAUGUCGAAACAAUUAAAAAGAAUGUCGAUACUCUGUCUUCUGAAGGUUUAAGAGUGUUAGCAUUUGCUUCCAAAUCCUACAAAGAUUCCGAUUUAGAUAACUCUACUAUGCACAGUAUUCUUCACAGUAGAACAUUUGUUGAGAAUGAUUUAAUUUUCUUGGGUUUGAUUGGUAUUUAUGACCCUCCUAGACCAGAAACAAAGGGCGCUGUUAAGAAAUUCCAUCAGGCUGGUAUCAAUGUUCGUAUGUUAACUGGUGAUUUCCCAGGUACUGCCAAAGCUAUUGCCCAAGAAGUUGGAAUUUUACCAACUAAUUUAUACCAUUAUCCAAAGGAAGUUGUCGAUGUCAUGGUAAUGACUGGCUCACAAUUUGACAACCUCUCAGAAGAAGAAAUCGACAACCUACCUGUAUUACCAUUGGUUAUAGCCCGUUGUUCUCCACAAACAAAGGUUCGUAUGAUAGAAGCUUUACAUCGUCGUAACAAAUUUUGUGCUAUGACGGGUGAUGGUGUUAACGAUUCACCAUCAUUGAAAUUAGCUAAUGUCGGUAUUGCUAUGGGUAUUAAUGGUUCAGAUGUCGCCAAAGAUGCUUCUGAUAUUGUUUUAAGUGAUGAUAACUUUGCAUCUAUUUUAAAUGCUGUUGAAGAAGGUAGAAGAAUGGCCGACAAUAUUCAGAAGUUCGUGUUACAAUUGUUAGCUGAAAAUGUCGCUCAAGCCUUGUAUUUAAUUAUUGGUCUAGUCUUCAUGGAUAAAGAUCAUAAGUCUGUUUUCCCAUUAUCUCCAGUCGAAGUUUUAUGGGUUAUUGUUGUUACAUCUUGCUUUCCUGCUAUGGGUUUGGGUUUGGAAAAGGCAGCACCAGAUUUAAUGGAUAGACCACCAAAUGAUUCUAAGCACGGUAUAUUUACUUGGGAAGUAAUAAUUGAUAUGUUUGCUUAUGGUAUUUUGAUGGCAGGUUGCUGUAUGAGCACAUUCACAUCUAUCAUGUAUGGUUUCUUCGAUGGUGAAUUGGGUUAUAACUGUAACAGAAAAUAUAACGAUAGUUGUCACGAUGUAUUUAGAGCUCGUUCAGCUGCCUUUGCUACUAUGACUUGGUGUGCCUUAAUUCUAGCUUGGGAAGUAAUCGAUAUGAGAAGAUCUUUCUUUAGAAUGCAACCAGAAACUGAUUCACCAUUCACACAAUUUUUCAAAGAUAUUUGGGGAAACCAAUUCUUAUUUUGGUCAGUUAUCUUUGGGUUCGGUUCUGCAUUCCCAGUUAUAUAUAUUCCAGUUAUUAACACCGAUGUUUUCUUACACAAACCAAUUGGUGCCGAAUGGGGUAUUGCCAUUGCAUUUUCUGCAGCAUUUUGGAUGGGUGCUGAAUUAUACAAAUAUAUCAAGAGAUUAUACUUUAAGAACAAGUUGAAAGCAGUUAAUCCUGAAAAUGACUUGGAGAAGAAAUCCAAUAGAGAUCCUUUCGAAGCUUAUAGUACAUCAACUACCAUUCAAACUGAUAUUUACAUUCCAAAAAAGAACUCAUUUUAA